GGGAUCCCCUGGGGGCGCAGCGCCUCGGGGCGAGGGUGUCAGUAGGGCCCGGGGUCCCCCGGGGGUGCAGUCCCUUGGGAGGGGGGCUGAGGGUUUUGGGGGUCCCCGGAGGACAAGGUCCCCUGGGGGGUGUCUGUAGGCCUUGGGGUGUUUGGGGUUCACGCAGCCCCUUGAAGGGUUUGGGGGGGUGCAGCAGCCGGGGUGUGGGUCCUGGGGAUCCCCAAGUCAGCCACCCCGGGAGAGGGUCCCCUGAGGAGAAAGGGGGAGCGAGUUCAACUCCCCGCUGCCAGGGGCGACCCCUGCUGCCCUCCCCCACGGGGGACACGGCCCCCUUGCCCGGGGCCUGCGCCCCCCGCCUGUGGGUGAGGAUGGCCUGGGCCCUGAAGCUGCCGCUGGCCGACGAGGUGAUCGAGUCCGGGCUGGUGCAGGACUUCGAUGCCAGCCUGUCGGGCAUUGGCCAGGAGCUGGGCGCCGGGGCCUACAGCAUGAGCGACGUCCUUGCCCUGCCCAUCUUCAAGCAGGAAGAAUCGAGUUUGCCCCCUGAAAACGAGAACAAAAUUCUGCCUUUCCAGUACGUGCUGUGUGCCGCCACUUCCCCCGCCGUCAAACUCCACGACGAAACGCUCACCUAUCUCAACCAAGGGCAGUCCUAUGAAAUCCGGAUGCUGGACAACAGGAAAAUCGGAGAGCUGCCGGAGAUAAAUGGGAAACUAGUAAAGAGCAUAUUCCGGGUGGUGUUUCAUGACCGGCGGCUGCAGUACACAGAGCAUCAGCAGCUGGAGGGCUGGCGGUGGAACAGGCCUGGGGACAGGAUACUGGACAUAGAUAUCCCGAUGUCCGUGGGCAUCAUCGACCCUAGAGCAAACCCAACCCAGCUCAAUACAGUGGAGUUUCUAUGGGAUCCUUCAAAGAGGACUUCUGUGUUCAUCCAGGUUCACUGUAUCAGCACGGAGUUCACCAUGCGGAAGCACGGAGGAGAAAAGGGGGUUCCCUUUCGGGUCCAAAUAGACACGUUCAAGGAGAACGAGAACGGGGAGUACACGGAGCACCUGCACUCCGCCAGCUGCCAGAUCAAGGUCUUCAAGCCCAAAGGAGCUGAUCGGAAGCAGAAGACGGACAGGGAAAAGAUGGAGAAGCGAACGCCUCAUGAGAAAGAGAAAUACCAGCCUUCCUACGAAACUACGAUACUCACAGAGUGUUCUCCCUGGCCAGAGAUAACGUACGUCAAUAACGCGCCGUCCCCUGGCUUCAACAGUUCCCACAGCAGUUUUUCCAUUGGCGAAGGCAAUGGCUCUCCAAACCAUCAGCCCGAGCCACCCCCUCCGAUCGCAGAUGUAAGUCACACCUCAGAGCUUAUGCUUGUGAACCUCUUGCCCACCAGCACGCCCCAGGAGGCCCAGCAGUGGCUGCACCGAAACCGCUUCUCUACUUUUUCUCGGCUUUUCAGAAACUUCUCAGGUGCAGACUUACUGAAGCUGACCAGAGAAGACGUUAUCCAGAUCUGCGGCCCUGCGGAUGGCAUCAGGCUCUUCAAUGCGUUAAAAGGACGGAUGGUGCGGCCCAGACUGACCAUCUACGUGUGUCAGGAGUCCCAGCAGCUGAGGGACCUGCAGCAGAAACACGAGGACGGGGACACAGUAACCAGUACUUUUUUUGUGUACCACGCUAUUUAUCUGGAGGAACUGACGGCGGUGGAACUGACGGAAAAGCUGGCCCAGCUCUUCAGCAUCUCUUCCCAACAGAUCAGCCAGAUUUACAAGCAGGGUCCGACGGGGAUACACGUGCUGAUCAGUGAUGAGAUGAUACAGAACUUCCAAGACGAAUCCUGUUUCGUUCUGGACACCAUGAAAGCUGAAACCAAUGAUAGCUACCACAUCAUCUUAAAAUAGAGAGGACGGGAUGAGGAACGCCCGCGAUCCUCUCAUCGUGCAUGAAGACCCUUCACUUCCAGCACAAGGACACGAGCAGAGAUCUGGAAACUCCUGGGCACCCUCUGGAAAGACCCCGAGCUGUUGGUUCCUCGGCUGUCUUUCUUGGCAGGGCACCUCCUUGCUCUGACGGCUUCUAAAUGGCCGUUAACGGUAACAUGCUGCUUUAAUUGCUGGAGCUCUGAGGCUUGAAGUUCCCAGGUCGCGCUCUCGUGUGGCUCUGGGUAGAAAUUUGCCAUUGGGACCUAAAACCUGCGUGAGGCCUUUUUCUGUGGCAAGCGUGCUCUGCUUUUCUGAGAGGCAUCAGCUCCCGUGAGGCUCGCGGACUGGCAAGAGAACAUGAAUCCAGCUGGCCCAACAAAGCCAACUGGGCACGUGCUGAGCUGAGCAGGUCUCAAAUACGCUAUGUACUGUGCUGAUGGAGUGGUAGGCUGGGGCUGGGAGGGAUUUUCUUAAAGGAUUUUGUUAAGCUUUCAUUUAAUAUUACAACGUGUCUGUUAGACAAAGGUGGCGACUUCGUUUUUAAUCCACCCACCCCGAAGACGGCGUUGGCUGCGUCUGUGCGGGUCUGGCUGUGGCGCCAACCUUCUUCCCUGGCGCGUGUAAGGUCGUCAGGAACUUUAUCUACGCAUUUUAGUUGUAUAAAGCUGGAGCAAAACGUGAAGCGGAGUUGGAUAAAGAAAUAGCUGACUAGCUCGGGUCUGUGGGAUUCUUUUCUGCAUGUUUUAGGGAGAAGGAAAAAAGGCUUAGCUAUAUCUCGCCUGGAAAUAUUGAGCGAUGUCUACCUGCUGCUUCAUUUUCUGCUCCUGCGUCCCCCUGCGCAGCCUCCGGAGCUGCCCCAGCGCUGGUGUAAGCCUUGUGUGUGCAAAGGAGGAGGCGAACAACAAGUUCAAAGGGUUAUUGAAAGCCGUUGGACUUGAUGGUGACAAAAGUGCACAGAGUGUGCAGGUUUCCAGGACAGCAGUGAAGGAUCUGCCCUGCUCUGCAGGUGAUGGAUCCUGUUCCCCGGUGUCACGCUUGCCUUGAACCUUCAGCACUACCCGAGGAUGUUUUCAGCCAAAAAAUAGGGGGAAAAUACAAUGUAAAGCAGAGGGUUUAUUUUUAAAUAAGGCUGCAACAAGAUCCAGCCCUAGGCAGGUGAUGCAGGUGCUGGCUGAGGCUGGGGAUGGCCUGUGGGGUAAGCAAAGGCACCGGGGAUGUGACAGUUGUGACGGCCACGUCCCUGCUGCUGGAAUAUUGGCUGCUGUUCUGCGUCCGUGAGCCGUAAAGGAUUCUGUUCCCACCUUCCUCAGCCAGCCGUUGUCUUCUUGAAGGUGCAGUCAAGAUACCUGAUGCAAACGAGAGCUGGUUCAGGUCUGGUCCAAGCUUCCCGUCCUUCACUUGCAGGGAUCCACCUAGGGAAGAUGUCUGUUUUAAUCCUGUUUUUUUUUCCCCUUACUAUACAAGAAAUGCGAUGGAUCUGUACAGUUGUGGCGCUGUCUGCUCCAUCAACCCUUUGUAUUGAUGUUGCUGGGUGCGUGUGGCUGACUUUAAUCUAUUGGAUGAGGAA